AUGGCCACAAACACAAUCGCACAGCCCGUCACGACAUCCAGCAUGGAUCCGUCACGCCAAGGCGAUGCUAUGGAGAUGUCUUCUUUGAGCCAGAGUCCACUCAAUAGCGAUGAAAACACCGCACGAAAUGAAGAAGAGCCACCAGAACACGCCACGAGUGCAAUUCCUGAUGGCGGAUAUGGCUGGACAAUUGUCGCAUCAUGCUUCAUUCUCCUCUUUUGGAUAAACGGAUACACAACAGCCUGGGGAGUCUUGCAAGCUGCCAUUGUUCAAUCGCCUCGACUUCAUACUAACAUUCGAACCAUUACUUUCGUUGGAAGUUUGUACAUGGCCUGCAUGGUUGCGUUCGGCUUGAUAUCUGUCAGACUGUCAAGAGAGUAUGGCAUAAGAAUCACCAGUGUCAUAGCGACAAUCUUCUUCGGGGCCGGCUUGAUCAUCACGAGUUUCACCCUCGAGCACCUGGCUGGGCUUUUCUGCAUUGCUGGACUACUCGUCGGGUUGUCAACAUCACUGCUGUACACUGCGACAAACACCAUGCCCACUCAGUGGUUCAGCCGUAAACUCGGUACAGCCAAUGGAAUAGUCAAAGCUGGAGGUGGUGUUGGUGCAACUGUGCUUCCUCUGGCGACGCAAGCCAUGAUCGAUAAGGUUGGACUUCAAUGGACGUUUCGAAUUCUCGGUGCUUCGAUUCUUGUGACAGGAAUUCCAUGCGCGUUUCUCCUCACAGAGCUUAGGCGUGGUGGAACAACAUCGAGAUUUGACUGGUCACAGUUGAAGAGCAUGCCUUUUCUGACUCUCACCAUGUCAGGCGCCGUUGGUGUCUUUGCUCUAUUUGUGCCGCCAUUCUUCUUACCCGUGUUCGCGAGGUCGAUCGGCCUCUCUGCUUCAACAGGUGCAGGGCUUGUCGCGGGCUUCGGCGCAUCUACAGCUGUAGGUCGACUCUUUGGAGGCUGGAUCUGCGAUCACAUAGGUGCUUUCAACUCUCUAGCUCUUGCAGCUCUCAUUAAUAGCGUGUCUAUGCUAGCAAUCUGGCCCGUCAGUUCAUCGCUUCCGCCACUCUUCGCCUUCGCCAUCAUUAAUGGAUGCGCGAAUGGGAGCUUCUUUGUUGCACUGCCGACAGCUGUAGCUGCACUUGCGCCUGGAUCAGCUGCUGCGUCCAUUAGUCUCAUGACGUCAUUCUGGACACCAGGAUAUUUGAUGGGAGCGCCUUUGGCGGGGAUUCUGAUUGAUGCCGCGGGCGCAUCGGAGGCUUCGUCGAUUGAGCCGUAUAGAGCGGCCAUCUUUUAUGCGGCGGGUGUCGGGUCUGCUGCAACGUUUCUGAUUGUUGUAUCAAGGCUUAUGUUGAGUCAGAAGUUGAUCAAGAGGGCCUUUUGUUUCUCUUCUAAGAGCGUCGCGUGGUCCAUUUUUGCAGUGCUCGAGUAUUUUGGUGGGCGAAGCUUUGGCGUGCUCGAGGCCUCCGAAUCACUGCCUCCACCACGUCUGACGCGUCCCGGUAGUUUCUUCAAUCCACAAGUCUGCUCCUCUUACUUUCAACUUCUCACUCGCACACUCGUGACACCUUUUCACCUAUCCAUGGAUACCAUCUUUUCUGGAACCUCCUUACCUUCAUCUCAAGUCAUGGGAAUGGCGUCUAAGAAGGAUUCUGCAGCAGACCCGACCAAGGCUUCCAACAUCAACUUGGGCUGCCAUAAUGAACCGACUACAAUCCUUUGCAUGGAGAUCGAGGAUAUUAUUGGAGAGUUGCCCUAG